UUUUAAAAUGGCCGAUGCUAACGAGAAAUUGUUGGCGGAACUCCUAAAAAAACCUGGAAAUAACGAGUGUGCAGAUUGUGGAGCUAAACAUCCAGAAUGGGCGUCUUACAAUAUUGGGAUAUUUCUUUGCACGAGAUGUGCUGGUGUUCAUCGGUCCAUGGGUGCACACAUAUCAAAAGUGAAACACUUAAAAUUGGACAGGUGGGAGGAUUCACAAGUGACAAGGGUCAGAGAAGUGGGAAACAAUGCUGCUAAACUCUGUUAUGAAGAGAGAGUGCCACCAUGUUAUCGUAGACCAAAUCAGGAUGCACCGCAGGUUCUUGUGGAGCAGUGGAUUCGAGCGAAAUACCAACGCCAAGAGUUCUGCCAUCCUGAGAAGCAGAACCAAUACGUUUCGGGAUUCAUGGAAGGUUUCUUGAUGAAACGAGGAAAAGAGGACGCUCGAUAUUAUCCUCGGAAAUUUGUUCUCUCCGAAGCAGACGACACCCUGAAAUACCACGUUAAAGAACACAAAGAUCCAAAGGCUGUCCUGAGGAUAUCAGAAUUAAACGUUGCAUUUGCACCACCAAAAACUGGACACCAAAACAGUCUCCAAAUAUCAUUCAUGAAGGACGGUUCAACGAGGCACAUCUACGUCUACCACGAGGAGCCAGAAGUCAUAACGAAUUGGUAUCUCGCGAUAAGAUGUGCUAAACUUCACAGACUCCAGGUUGCAUAUCCUGGUGCAUCGGAGAAUGAAUUGUUGUCGCAAUUGACUCGAGAUUUUCCCAAGGAGGGAUUUCUCUGGAAAACUGGACCGAGACACUCAGACGGUUACAAAAAAAGAUGGUUUACGUUAGAUGGGAGAAAACUCAUGUAUCACGAUGAUCCCAUGGAUGCACAUCCAAAGGGAGAAAUUUUUAUUGGUCACAGCUCUGAGGGUUUUGCUCUGAAGGUGGGGGUCCCUGCUGGUGCCAAAGACCAAGGAUUUUCCUUCACCCUUGAAACCCCAGACCGGAGUUUUCUGUUGUCAGCUCAGAGUGAAGAUGAUCGAACCCAGUGGAUGAAUGUUAUACAGAAAGUCAUUGAUAAGCCUCUAACCCCUCAAGAUGCAACUGUGGCUGCAAGAUUAGUCAGAAAACGCACAGCAAGUGGAACAAUGAAUAUAUUCUCAACGAGAUAGGGCUGGAUGGCAUUUAGGAGAUUAUCAUAAUUGUUCCACUGGCAAUGGAGCAGCGGAUAGGUGAAAAAUGAAUGAAAUUUUAGGUGAAUUGUACAUUGGGACUGGAUUUUAGUGUCGAAUGUGAGAGUCGAGGCCGAAGUAUUGAGCAUAAUUGUUGCACAAAUGCGGUCGAGUGAUCAUUGUAUCGCUUAUAAUUUUAUAUACGUGUAUUUUCACGUAGAAAAGGGAAUGAAAGCAUUGAAGACUGGGAAUAAUAUUUGGCAAACGAUCGGACGGUAUAUGAACCUCUCAAUUAUUACUUUUAUCAAUUUAUCGAUCACAAGUCGUUUGCCAAGAACUGCCCUAUUAAUAAAUAAAAAUAUUCAAUUAUUUUUACGAAUGGAAAAAUUAAUGAGAAUACUACGACAAUUUUUUUUUUUCCUUCAAAAUCGUGUGAUGGGAGGAGCUAGUAGGUUAAAUAAAUCAGAUUGAAUCACAAUUGUUUAAAUUGUGAUCAAUGGAGCUCUCAAUUAUGGUAUUGAACGCAUCAUUUUUUUUUUUUAAGUCUCGAAGCAUUCGAUUAAUUAUUUAAAUAAUCGAUGCACGCUUGUCACGCACUAUUUUAAGUGUGAGGAGAUAAAUGAUUUGACAAUUAACGAGUUAUUCAGAAUAAAAUAGAUUACAAAGGAGAUUAAUUUUGUAAAUAGCUUAGUGAAAUUUUUUAACGGGAAAAAUAUUAUUUGGAAUUGCUACACGCAUGCACAUGUGAAUGUUUUACUAAAUGCAGAGAGAUAUUGAAUAAACCAAGGGACUGCGAUAAUUUCAUUUUCGAUAACGUAAACAUGAAAUCAAUCGUUCCAUUUUCUGAAUUAGAUACCAUUUUUUUAAGAAGGUAUAUAUUUCUAAAUCCAAAGAGAAUCAUAAAUAUUUUAACUGCUUGAUGAAAAUAAUAAAUCGUUAAUGAUUAACGAAUCUUUUUAGAUCCUGACAACGCAUAUGACUAUUGACUACGAGUCAACUAAUUAAAUAAUUGUGAUAAAAAAAAAUUAUCAACAAAAUGUCUUGGGAACUUUUCCACGAAAUAUUCUUUUUUUAUUUAGAAUGGAUUGAUCCUCGCAAACAGUAUUCAAAACGUAGGCAAUGUACCACGUAUACCAAAUAUCAAUCGUUAUGUGCAUUUCGAGUUAAUGAAUGCCUUGAAUUUCGAAAAUGAAAUAAAGUGGUUGUCAUUAUAAAUAAAAAAAAAUCGAAAAAUCAUGGAUUUUGUGAUUACAUUGUGAGUUAAAAUUGUCAUCACGAUUUAUCAUUUUCCUAUCUGCUAUCUCUGAGGUGAGAGUGAAUUAUUCGUAAUUCAAAUCAAAAGAGAAUGAAUAAAUAAAAAUAAAAGAAUUUGUUUUGAGACCUCGUACUUGAUUGAUUGUUAAUUAAACGAGGC